AUGGCCCUGUUGCUGCAGCUGCUGCCUCUGCUGCUCUCCUGGGCCCAAGGGGACCCCGGGGCUUCUCUGGACGGCCGCCCUGGGGACCGGGUGAAUUUCUCCUGCGUAGGGGUCUCGCACCCCAUCCGCUGGGCCUGGGCGCCUAGCUUCCCGGCCUGCAAGGGUCUGUCUAAAGGACGCCGCCCAAUCCUGUGGGCCUCGUCGAGCGGGAUCCCCACCGUGCCUCCCCUCCAGCCCUUUGCUGGUCGCCUACGCUCCCUGGACCCUGGUAUCCGGCGGCUGGAGCUCCUCUUGAGCGCGGGGGACUCGGGCACCUUUUUCUGCAGGGGCCGCCACGAGGACGAGAGCCGCACGGUGCUUCACGUACUGGGGGACAGGGCCUACUGCAGGGCCCCAGGGACUACCCCCGCGUCAGUGUAUCCCCAGCUCCUGAUCCCGCUGCUGUGCGCUGGGCUGCUGCUGGGACUGGGAGCUUUGGGCGUGGUCUGGUGGCUGCGCAGGCGCUCGCCCCCGCCCCCGCUUCGACCACUCCCCAGAUUUGCUCUGUCCCCCCCACAUAGCUCCACUCGUGAAAGCCGAGCCCCCAAGGCCAGUAAAGGAGGAGGAGCCCAGGAUUCCUGGGGACCUGGACCAGGAGCCGAGCCUGCUCUACGCGGAUCUGGACUAUAUGGCCCUCCGAAUGCCCCGCCGGCUGUCCACAGUGGUUCCUGCUGAUGCUGCCACCAUCUACGCAGUUGUAGUUUGA